AUGGACAUCUUCUUCAGUGAGUUCAAACAUCUUGUAAUCCAACUGGAAGAAAUCAAAUCAGCCACCGACAACUUUGGUGACAACAACUUAAUCGGAAGAGGUGGAUUCGGGAAGGUGUACAAAGGAACAAUCUCUCACUAUAAAGGGAAAAGCAUGGCUGCUUUUAAGCGUCUAGAUAGCACUCUUGGGCAAGGAAACUCUGAGUUCUGGAAAGAGAUCAUGAUGCUUUCCCGUUACACACAUGAAAAUCUCGUAUCUCUCCUAGGAUAUUGCGACGAGGGUGGUGAGAAGAUCCUUGUGUACGAGUAUGCAUCUCGUGGAAGCCUCGAUCGCCAUUUAAGUGACCCUGCUCUCACAUGGAUGCAACGUCUUAGGAUAUGCCUUGGUGCUGCAAGGGGACUAAGCUAUCUUCAUGAUCCCAAGGGGACACAACAGAGAGUUCUGCAUCGCGAUAUCAAAAGCUCCAACAUCCUAUUGGAUAAGAAUUGGAAUGCUAAAGUUUCUGAUCUCGGGCUAUCAAGAAUAAGCCCUGCUAAUCAGCAGCACACAAUUGUUAUCUCUAAUAUGGUAGGUACCCUUGGGUACCUAGAUCCGCUGUAUCUGCGUAUGGGUUUGCUAACGAAAGAGUCUGAUGUAUACUCUUUUGGUGUGGUGUUAUUUGAAGUAUUAUGUGGGAGAUUAUGCUAUGAAUUUAGCAAUUCUCGAUACCAGACUCUAGUACAUACGUGGAAAGAUAGCUACAAAGAGAAGAAAUUAGAAGAGAUUAUCUUUCAAGAUAUGUUGCAGCAAAUGGAUCCAAGUUCUUUGGAAACAUUUUCAGACAUUGCAUAUCUAUGUUUGCAUGAAUCUCUUGAAGGACGGCCAAUGACUGCUCAUGUUGUGAAAGAACUUGAGAUUGCACUUGAACGUCAGGUGACUUAUGAACAACAAAUAGACUAUGAAGAUAUGAAUAGGGACCAGAACAGCUUCUCCGGAAGAACUGAAGUACCCAUCUACAUACCCAAAGAGGAACCCAAAAUGCUUCUCUCCAAAGGGAACCUCCUUGACGUGAGCAAACGGAAGGAGAUGGGUCCAUUGCCCAAGUUUGGGGAAUGGGAUAUGGGUUAUCCUGCUUCAGGCGAGGGUUUCGCCGUGAUCUUUAAUGAAGCCAGGGCCGAGAAGAAAACAUAUGGUGAGUCGGAGUCGUCAACGAGUGCAGAUCCUAUUCAAGCAGCCUCAAACAAAGAAGAGAAUGAUCCUACUCCACCUAAGGGUUUUUUCACCAUGCUCUUCAAUAAAGCCACGGGCAAAAAGAAAAAGGUGGCGAGCAGGAGUGAUCUGACCCAGAAGGAGAUGGGUCCAUUGCCCAAGUUUGGGGAAUGGGAUCUGGGUUAUCCUGCUUCAGACAAGGGUUUCACCGUGAUCUUUAAUAAAGCCAGGGCCGAGAAGAAAACAUAUGGUGAGUCGGAGUCGUCAACGAGUGCAGAUCCUGUUCAAGCAGCCUCAAACAAAGAGAAUGAUCCUACUCCACCUAAGGGUUUUUUCACCAUGCUCUUCAAUAAAGCCACGGGCAAAAAGAAAAAGUUCCUGCUCUUCAUCAUCUGCAUUAUCAUUACCAUCUCCUUUCUACUUCUGCACUUGAAAUUGCUUGGAACACUUUCAUUUCAGUUUUUUCAUUAUCAUUUGAUCAUGGCCAUCUUCUUCAAUGAGUUCAAACAUCUUGUAAUCCAACUCGAAGAAAUCAAAUCAGCCACCAACAACUUUGGUGACGACAACUUAAUCGGAAGAGGUGGAUUCGGGAAGGUGUACAAAGGAACAAUCUCUCACUAUAAAGGGAAAAGUAUGGCUGCUUUUAAGCGUCUAGAUAGCACUCUUGGGCAAGGAAACUCAGAGUUCUGGAAAGAGAUCACGAUGCUUUCCCGUUACACACAUGAAAAUCUCGUAUCUCUCCUAGGAUAUUGUGACGAGGGUGGUGAGAAGAUCCUUGUGUACGAGUAUGCAUCUCGUGGAAGCCUCGAUCGCCAUUUAAGUGACCCUGCUCUCACAUGGAUGCAACGUCUUAGGAUAUGCCUUGGUGCUGCAAGGGGACUAAGCUAUCUUCAUGAUCCCAAGGGGACACAACAGAGAGUUUUGCAUCGUGAUAUCAAAAGCUCCAACAUCCUACUGGAUGAGAAUUGGAAUGCUAAAGUUUCUGAUCUCGGGCUGUCAAGAAUAAGCCCUGCUAAUCAGCCUCACACAAUUGUUAUCUCUAAUAUGGUAGGUACCCUCGGGUACCUAGAUCCAAUGUAUCUGGAGAUGGGUUUGCUAACGAAAGAGUCCGACGUAUACUCAUUUGGCGUGGUGUUAUUUGAAGUAUUAUGUGGGAGAUUAUGCUUUGAAUUCAUCGAUUCUCGGUGUCGGACCCUAGUGCGUUUGUGGAAAAAUAGCUACAAAGAAAAGAAAUUAGACGAGAUUAUCUUUCAAGAUAUGUUGCAGCAAAUGAAUCCAACUUCUUUGGUAACAUUUUCAAACAUUGCAUAUCUAUGUUUGCAUGAAUCUCUUGAAGGACGGCCGAUGAUGGUUCAUGUUGUGAAAGAGCUUGAGAUUGCACUUGAACGUCAGGUGACUUAUCAACAACAAAUAGACUAUGAAGAUAUGAAUAAGGACCAGACCUGCUUCUCUGAAACAACUGAAGUACCUCCCCUCAUCUACAUACCCAAAGAGGAACCAGAAAUGCUUCUCUCCAAAGGGAACCUCCUUGACGUGGGCAAAUGGGAGGAGAUGGGUAGGCCAUUGCCCAAGUUUGGGGUUUGGGAUCCGGAUCAUCCUGCAUCAGCCGAGGGUUUCACCGUGAUCUUUAAUAAAGCCAGGGCCGAGAAGAAAGCCAGGGACGAGAAGAAAACACGUGGUGAGUCGGAGUCGUCAACAAAUGCAGAUCCUGUUCAAGCAGCCUCAAACAAUGUGAAUGAUCCUACUCCACCAAAGGGCUGUUUCACCGUGCUCUUUCACAAGAUGAAAAAGGUGGCGAACCAAAGUAGCCAAUGAAGGCAUCUCCUGUUCAAGCAGCCUCAUUUUGUAAGUCUCAACUUGAACAUCAGUUGGCAGUCAAAAAGCAUAAUCAUCAUCAUCAUGAUGCUCAAAGAAGGAAUUUGUGAGGUACAUGAUGUAUGUGGGUUGGGUUACGGCGUCUUUCUUUGGAGAGAGCUUAUUAAAGGGUGGUUUACCAAAGGCUAAUUACUCGGGUAAGCCCUUAUCAAAUAACGUUAUCUUACCGGAUGAAUAUGACAAGGACCAAAAACCAUACCCGUUACGUGUUUUAUUAACAUCACUUCUUUCUGGUCUCAUAUUUUAAUCUGUAUAUAUUCUUUUCUCAUAUGAAAUGCUCAUUAAAAAUUGCUGUCAACAUAACCUGGAAAAAAGAAUCGUCAUCAUGAUCAA